AUGACCGCUUUGCUGUUGCAGACUCUCUUCCGCUCUAAGAUGAUGAUGAUGAGGGGUCCGCCUUACUGCCCACAUCAGCCUGGGCUAGGAGGGUUUACCAGUCAGUCUCACCGACCUCCGGCUGUGCAACAGCUGACAUUUGAGAAUAUCUUGAGUGAUGCUAACAAGCAGAGAGCCCAGCAGAAGCUGACCUGUGAACUGCCAGUGAGAAAUGUGAAAGAGUAUCCACUGAAACCAGACCACACUGCUGCAGCUGUACUUGUGCCGCUGUGUCUGGUCCAUGGCCAACCGUCGCUGCUGUUUACUUUACGUUCAUCACAGCUGAGGAAGCAUCGGGGUCAGGUAAGCUUUCCUGGUGGUAAUGUGGAUAAAACUGACACAGACUUGACCCAGACUGCACUAAGAGAGACACAUGAGGAGUUGGGGAUCGAACCCGCCAGCUUUGAUGUCUGGGGUCAAAUGAACCCACUGCCAGGAUCAGGUGGACGGAAGCUUGUGUACCCUAUCCUGGCACAGACUGGUGAGAUUGAUGUUGCCAGUUUAAACGUCAACCAUGAUGAAGUCGAAGAAGCUUUUUGUGUCUCGCUGCGACAUUUGUGUGACAGCACCAACAUCAGAUCCACCCAGUUCCGAGAGGGGUCUGGCUACACACUGCCAGUUUACCUGGGUGGAUCCCACAGAAUAUGGGGUCUGACUGCAGUCAUAGUCCAUCAGCUAUUGAACAUUAUAGCUCCUGGCUUGUACAGUUUUAGACUCAGGCAUAGACGACCUGUACGGUCUUAG